UGUAUUCUGGUGUGGAAUGUGUUAUCGUAUAAGUUGGCAAUGCAAGAGAGUUUUUUAUACUGCAAUAUCUGUUUGUUUUUUUAUGAGGAAGUUAGUAUUAAGCAAUUGAUCAAUAAAUAAUUAUUGUUAAAAUAGUUUUGAAGAGUGGAAGGUGUGUUAAAAAUUCUGCCGACUUAAAGCAUUGUAAUAAGUAAUUUAAACAUCCACCUGGAAGCAAAAUGGCUUUAGAUUUUCGGAAUUGUUGUUUGAAGAACUUCAAUGAAUUGCUUAUCUAUAAUCUUCGACAGAGAAAUUGUAAUAUAAACAUGGUGAAGAAACUACUUGCUCAUAAAGUCGAUGUGAAUUACAAAGAUUGUUUCUUGAAUACUUCGCUGCAUUAUGUUGUCCAAAACUGUUCGGAUAAAUUAGAUUUGAUUCGCGAAAUCCUAAAUAUGGAAGGUAAUCCUAAUGCUAUAAAUGCUGAAGGAAAUUCCCCACUUCAUUUAGCAGUGUUGAAAAGUAAUGUGCAUGUCAUUCUUGAAUUAAUAAAAUUUGGUGGCGAUGUUCGCUUGACUAAUAAAAGAGGGAACACACCUCUCCAUGUCGCUGCAAUGCGUGGUAAGCCUUGUAUUAUUGAAACUCUUUUGAAAUCAGAUACAAGUUUAAUUAAUUGUGGCAAUAUCAGAAAAAAUACACCAUUGCAUAUUGCUGUGAUUCAUGGAAAACCAUAUGCUGCUGAAAUGCUUAUUCGUCAUGAAGCAGAUAUUAAUUGCAGCAACAUAGAGGGAAAUACACCUUUGCAUAUGGCUAUAAUCCAUGACAAAGAAGAUAUGGUAAAAACUCUUAUUAAAUCUAGAGCUGAUUUAGAUUAUUCUAACAAAGAAGGCAACACACCUUUGCAUCUAGGAGUAAUCCAUGGGAAGUUGAAUAUAAUUCAGAGUCUUCUUAGUUGUGGAGCCAAUGUUGGAUGUAUGAAUGCAAAAGGUAAUACACCUUUGCACUUGGCUGCUACCCAUAAUAAAUUUGAUAUAAUUGAGGUUUUAAUUAAAUUUAAAGCUGAUGUUGGUUGUUCUAACAAAGAUCAUCUAACUCCUAUGCAUAUGGCUACAAUUAAUGGUAAUUGUAAAAUUAUUCGGAAAUUGAAUGAUAAUGGAGCUCCUGUUUAUUGCACUGAUGCAGAAGGGAAUACCCCUUUACAUUUAUCAGUAAUUCAUAAUCGACCAAAUGUAAUUGAAACUCUUAUUGUGAAUGGAGCAGAACAUAUUUGUAAUAAAAAUGGGUACACACCUGUACAUUUAGCUGUAAUUGAUAAUAAAUUGAACAUAGUAAAAAUGUUACUCGACUUUGGAGCAGAUAUUGAUUGUAGAGAUGCAGAACUAAAUACUCCUUUACACUUGGCUUCAAUUUACGAUAAACCAGAUAUUGUUGUUAAGCUCAUUGAAUCUGGAGCUAAAACAGAUUUAGUAAACCAAGAUUCACAUACACCAGUUCAAGUGGCUGCACUUCAUGGAAAUGUAAAUCUAAUUAAUGUUUUAUUUCAAAAUGGAGUGCGUGUGAAAUUAAGAAAUCAAGGUAGAAGAUAUAUAAGCUCUUUUGCUCAAUCAUUGAUUCAGCACUCUAAUGCUGCUACACAAGCUGCAACAAGUAAUCAUUCUGAGUCUGGAACAGCUGGUGGUGGUACAGGAGCUUCUCAGUCUGCCACUCAGAAUAAUUCUGCUAUAAAUAGUGGUUCUCAGUCCUCGUCAUCUUCGACAUAUACUCAAUUCCUUUCAGUUUCAAGUCCUAUUCAUUCUGUUGCACCUGCUGGUCAUCCAGUCACAACUUUCACAAUAUCGGCAGGUAGUGCUGGGCCUUCUACAGGACCUCCUCCUUCUGCACAGGAAGCUAGCUCUUUAAUCCAGGAAAUGCAACAAAUUCUCCAUAUUCCACCUCCUGGAAUGCCAGAGAACUUUCUGCCUGUUUCGGGAACUUUGUCUCAGUCUGCGAAUGCUACUUCUACACCACAAGUUGGAAAUACUUCAUCAGUGUCAUCUCAGACCAUUGAAAGUGUUGUUUCUAGCACUCAAGGAUCUAAUCAGUCCUCGGAUCACUCUGAGAAUAUUGAGGUAAAUCCUGUUCAGGAUAAUCUACUUCCAGUGGUUGCACAAACCAUUUCUGAAAUUGCAAACUCGAUGAGCUCAUUGGGAGGGCUUAUUCCAUCAUCUCCACCACCACAGGAAAGUUUUGUCAGUAGCACAGGAGUUUCAUCUGCUAAUGCUUUUGCAGACCUUAUCUUUGAAACUGAACAGGCAUAUGUAUUGGGACCAAUAACUAUAGCACAACCACCAUCUUUAGCUGCUGUUCAAGCUUGGACUUUAGCAAAUGUUGGUGGGAAUCAUGGUGCUGUUGGAUCAUCUCAGUCUGGAGCUAGUACUAAUUUUCCACAACAAGUACAAAAUACAUAUGCUGCUUUCCUGGAUGAACUUGACAGUGAAGGUGAUCCAAUGAGUUGGAGUUGGUCUCCUUUCCUGAGAAGUUCUAGAGUGGAAGAAACUGCAAUUAUUGAUAAUCUUGUCAAGUUUUAUGGUAUUAAUGGUCGAAAUCGAUCUGGAAAUGAGUAUUUGCAACGUGCUCUGAUUAAUGAUAAUCCGAAUGAAAUAGCAUCUCUUCUUCGAUAUGGUACAGGGAAUGUCUGCAAAGCUAAUAGAAGAGAGAAUUCAUUUCUCCAUUUAGCUGCAGUAUAUGGUAAGCCAAAAUUAGUCAAAGCUCUCAUUCAGUCUGGUGUUGCAGUGGAUUCUAAAAAUAAUGAGAUGAAUACUCCUCUACAUUUUGCUGCAUUUUGUGGUGAAGCAGAAGUUAUUAAUAUACUUGUUCAGUCUGGAGCAAACAUGGACCUUAUGAAUCGUAGAGGUGCUACUCCUUUGAAAUAUGCUUUUGGCUAUUGCAGAGAAAGUGUAUUAAAAAACUUAGGAAAAUUUGGUGCUAACCGCUUUCUUUUAUCUGCAAAGACUUUAGUUAAAUAUGAUGUUUUAAAGAAAGGCUUGUACCUCACACGCCAUAAAGUUUUGAAGGCCAAUUGUGUUUUUGAGUUGCUCAACUUUGUUGAAGAAUGUUGUGAUGAAGCCCUCUGCAUGAAACAAAAGAUUUUGGGAAAAAAUUUUUCUUUCUAUCAAUUUGUUAAUCAGGCAUUAAGCAAUUCUGAGUCUUUAAGUCAAAGCCCAUAUGUUGAAAAUGCUGUUGAGUAUUUAAUUGAAAUUUCCAGCAAAACUGAGUAUACUAUCUAUUAUGAUAUCUUGGUUUAUUUAAUAGCUACAAGGCUUGAAAAAAGCUUCUGGAAAAAAAAGUUGUUAGAUUUAGUUGAUAAUGCAGUUAAAGAAGGAAAAAUUUGUCUGAAUCGCAAGCUGUUUUCUUCCAUUUGUAAUUAUGUUUGCAAUGUUGAUAUAUUUAAUCUUUUGUUAGCAUUUACAGAUAAUGAAUGUAAACAUUAUGACUAAGACUUGGUCUUUUGUGCUGCUUUUAUUCAAUUUUAAUCAUUAAAAUUUUGAUAUGCUUAAUAUGAAAUUUAGUAUAGAAUGAGUAAGAAGAACUAUUGCAGUAAAAUUACGAUCUUUCUGUAUGUAAAAUUUUCAAAUUUAAAAUGACUUUAAAUUAUAAAUUUUUUUCUUUUCAGAAUCUCCAGUAUAUUAGUAUAAUUAAUUUGAAAUAUAAAAAAGUGCAUUCUAAAUCAAAUAUUUGUUCUUUUAAAAUGUUAUCUACUGUUAAGAAUAUGGCCUUUUAAUCAACCAGUAAAGGUUUUAAAUCGCGAAUAAAAUAUUUUAAAAUUAUUUUUAACUAGUGUAAUAAAUUUUGCUGGGCCUUAUAUUUUAAUUGUAAUAUGUAUUAUUGAUAUAUUGUGUGAAUUGAGCAAUUUCUUCCCCUUUCCUAACAAAAAAUGACAUGACUAUAUUGUACCAACAAUUAUGAUUAAAAAUUCAAAAUUUCAUGUUUUAUAGUUGUACUAAUUUGUAUAGAAAGGUAGUUUUGUACUCACUGUUGUAUAGAUGUUUCUAUGUCCUAUAUUCUUUUACAUUGUUCCUAUGAAUAGAAGAGUAUUAAAGAAUGGCAUUGCGUAGCUGCAUUUUGUAUGAAUCUUUAUUUUGGGGUAAGGGAUAUUUUUCAUCUUAUAGCUUACAUUUUGUGUGCCAUACUGCUUUAAGUUGUGCUAGUCAAUAUUAGUACAAAAUGACAUUUUGAAGUAAAAAUGUUUUUAAUUAUAAUAAUGGAAAAAUCAUCAAUAUUGAAUAAUUUUUCUUUGUUUCUGUAAUCAAUGUUGCUUCAUAGAAAGUUAUAAAAUAGUUUAAUUAUAAUGAAAUAAACAUUAUCUUAUAUUUCUUACUGUAAUUAUUAAUAUUAACUUUGUAUUUCAGUGGAUAAAUAUAAAAUGCAUGGAAUUAUUUUGUCUCCAUGAACAAAAGCUAGUAUUUGUAAAUUCUUUUUUAUUUAAUGGGAUAAAAAAAGUAACACUUUAUAAAGUUGAAUCAUUAUUUCUUGUUUAUUUACAGGAGGAUUAAUAAUUGAACCUAUAAUAUUUCUUUAAUGACUUUUUUUAAGAAGACUUAAUUUCUAAGAAUAAUCUGAAAUGAUUAAAUUUCCAGAUUAAUCAUAAGCCUUCCUCUACCCUCUACAAAUAGGAAAUCUUCAAUUUUUGCCAGCUUGUUUUGUGAAUUUUUGAUUAAUUUAAUCCUUUUAAAAAAAAAUUGUAGCUAAAUAUUCAACAUAAUAGCACAUUUUUAGUUUCUCAAAAUGUAUGAUUUGAGAUUAUUAGUUAAGGUGAAAGAUUACAGUAAAAAAAUCAUAAUUGAAUAACUGUAAGUAUGUGGUAAAGUCAGUAUAUCGAAAAUAACUGGAAGAGUUUGAUAAUGCAGUUAUAGUCGAAAAUGCAUUUCUGUUCAUUUUAAAUAAUUUUGGAAGUUUUUAAUUUUGUUUGAAAUUAUUUUAUAGUUUAAAAGACUUUGUAAAUGUAUGGAACUGAAUUUUUAAGUUUAAUGUCGAAACUAAUGUUUUCAUCCUUCUGCUUUUAAAAGCUCUUUAGCCUUUCUGCCAUCAAUAUUUAAUUAGGUAACAAAGUUUAAAUUCAAAAAUUCAUUUGAAUAGUUUGACCUUUUGUCUGGUCUAUAUUUUUAUCCUUUAAAAUCUAAUUUUUAAUCUUUUAUAUAAAAAGAGUAAUAACAUAUUGUCAAGAUCAUUAAAUAAAACUAAAGCUUGUAAAAAAUCUAUAUUUUUGAAAUUAUACUAAAAUUAAAAAAUAAAAUGCAUAUUUGCAGCUAUUCAAGUGUCUUGUAUUAGCAAUAGUAUCUGGGAUCAUAUACUUCUUUUUAAUUUUCUGUUUAAAAAGAUAUUUUUAUUAUAGGUUAAAAAAUAGAACCAAAUUAGUAUAAUGUACUUAAUUAAUCUUUGCUAAAUGAAAGAAAUAUUUAUAAUAAAUGAAGAAAAUGAAAACUUCUUUAAAACAUAAAGAAAAGGAUUUAUAAUUAUAGGAUUUAAUGUAAAUUUAUACUUCCAUGUUAUUCAAUUACAGAAUUGAAAGAAGAAAAGAUAUCUAAAUUAUCUUGUUUAAGUUUAAUCUUUUUUUUUUUUUUUUUUUGUCCUAAUAGAUAUAGACCAUAAUAUUAACUUUUAUAGCCUCUUUUUAAAACUCAAAGUAAAUUGGACGAAGAGAUUUUCUGUUGUAAUACAUUAUGCAGCAUUUUAGGUUUUAAAUAAUUUUCAACCUAAUCAUAAAAGAUUAGGAUGAAAUGAUUAUUUAAGAUUGCCAAAUCUUUCUUUUGUAAACUUGUAGGUGAAAGGUCUUGAUGAAAAUAUCUAUUUUUUUAACAUUAGGCUCAAAAUUCUAACAAAUAGAUUCGAUUUUAGCUCUCUGUAAAUUCAAUGUAUGUGUAUAAGUAUAUGUGCAUUUGUCAUAUGUUUAUAAACUGUUGUUUAAAAAUUUUCAUUGAUUGAGAAGAAUCAUUAUUUUUAUCUAUAAACUGAUAUCAUGUUUUACAGCAAAAUGGUAUGUGAAAAUGCCCAUCUUAUACUUUCUGGUGCUUAUUAGUUUUGUCCAGUAUAUUUAUACUGUACUAUCCAUAUUGCUUUGUGCUCUAUUUAUUUAGAUAUUUCUACAAGAUAGCUACAUAAUCAUAUAUAUAAAUGGGCUGUAUGAUUGCAUUUUUAAAUGUAAAUUUUACUGUCAAUUUAAUUAUUUAUCCAUGCAGCAUUUGUAAUUUUUUCCCAAUUAAUUCUGUUUAUCAUUAAUCAUCAAAUUGAAACUUUUUUGUUUAUAGGCAUGGUUGGGAAAAUAGCAUGGUUGGAAUAAUAAAUCUAUAAGAAUUAAUUUCUAAUAAAAAUAUAAUUUCUCUGCAUAUUUUUAUUUUUGAACUCUAGUAAUGUUUAUGUGAAUGAGUGCAGCUUGCAUAGAAAAUAAUUAUUUAUUUGCAACUUAAAUUAUUUAAUUAAAAAUUCUGAAUUAAAAACUUCUGCUUUUAUGUAAAAAUGAAAUGGAUAAAUCAUUUUAUCAUUAAAACCACAUUUUUUUAAAAGCCAAAACUGUAUGUGAUCUAAAUAUGUAUCACUGUCCAGUGUGAAAUUUAAAUUAAUAAAAAAAUGUAGACUAAACAAGAGGCUUAAAUCUUUAUUAACUUUGACAAUAAAAUAAUGAAUGAAAACAUUUCCAUCAUUUCUUAAUCUUGGAAUUUUAGUAGUUAAUGAAAGCUGAACCUUUAAUUUUAUCUUAAAGUGAGCUUUUUCCUAUUUUAUCAGUAAAAUUUUUGUUGCUUGAUUCAAUGUUGUUGCAUUAUGAGCUUGAUGUAUUGACAAAUAUUCACUGAAGGAAGAAGAAAUGUGCACCUUUUAAUGUACCAGUUUAAAAGGAGCCUUAUCAGUCAACCUUUGAGAUUUUUUCUAUGUCCAGCAGAAAAGUUCCUAAUAAAAUCUGAUGACAUGGCAAUGUCAUUUUGUGCAUCUAAAUUAUUGCUUUCAAAUUAAAAAAAAAAUCAAUAUACAUUACUUUUUAUUAAAGUUUGAUACUGAUGAAUACGAUCAAUUUUAUACUAUCAUGUAUCGGUACUGAUAGUAAUACUUAUUAUUACAUAAGUACUAUUCAUACUGAUUACUAUUGUUUUAUAUUGUAUACACUACACAGAGUUGACAGUGUUUACGGGUAUUUUAUAUACUUGAGCUUUCUUUUAUUCAUGCCAUUAAAAUGCAUAUAUUUAUUGUGGUGUAAGGGAAAUGUUAAUAUUUGUAAUAUUAUUUCAAAUAUUAAUUAUUAAUAAAAUAAUUAAUCAUAAUCAUUUUAAUUUAAUAUAUAUAUAUUUAUUGCUGCUUUAGAAUAAAAAUAUUUUAACUGGAGAUUUCCAUAAUCAUUUAAUUAAUAAAAUUUAAGAUUUUGAGCGUUUCUACUUUUACUAAAGAUAAUUAAAAAGCUGUAAGGAAGUAGAUGAUAAAUUUGUAAUAAACCUGGGCUUAGUUAAUAAAAUUGGUUGAAAGAUAAAUGAACAAUAUAAUUUAAAUAUCGAUUAAUUGUUCAUCCAUUAAUAGCAAUUAUUUAAUAAUAGUAUAAGAUUAUUUUUCUUUUUGAAUAGUCUAUUUUAAAUCUGCUAAUGUACUUGAUGUGUUGUAAAAUCAAUAUUAUAUGUCAAUAAACUUAAAUUUGAUAUGUUUUUUUUACAUAUUUUUGUAGUAUAUUACAGAAUAUUUCAAUUGCAUAAACUUUUCUAUCAUGAACAGAAUGUGUUUUACAAUGAUGCAAAAAUAUAUAACAUUUUAUGUAUACAUGUAUUAAUGUAAUGUAAUGAAUGUCCUUUACCAAAUGGUAUGUUUUAUUAUAAUGAAAUAAAAGAAUAAUGUACUUUAUGUAAUAAUAAAUACAGUUAAACUUAUGUCUUAAUUAUGUUAAUUUUUUAAGCCUCUCUCUUGGUAUGAAAUGAGUAGGAAUGACCAAUUUGUAAAAAGAAAAAAAGCAGGAUGGAAAAUAAAUUUCCGAACUGGUGCUGUAUUAUUAUUUUUUUCCCUUCUGAAGCAUUGUUUAAUUUUAUAAUUCCUUGACCAUUAUUUGAGCUAAUUUUAUUAUUUUUUUUUCUAAUUUAUAUUCUUGCUAAAGAGUAAAAUAAUUGCUGCAAAAUAAUU